CGUGAAAUUCAUUAUCAAAUUCUGAUUAGCCGAGUUCGGACAUACCACACGUGUCUGCGCAAGUUUUUGAUUUUCAUCAAAUCAGCGAACAAAGGAAUAAUUCCUGUUUUUAAAGACUAAUUUGCAUUUAAAACUACAAUAAAAUAAUUAACUAAAAUGUCUCAAGCUAUUAAGAGAAUUUUGCCCACUUUGGACCGCAUUCUGAUUCAACGUGCUGAGGCCAUCACUACCACAAAGGGUGGCAUUGUUUUGCCAGAGAAAUCGGUGGGCAAAGUCCUACAAGGUACUGUCGUUGCUGUCGGACCUGGUGCAAGAAAUCCCCAAAAUGGUAACUACAUCCCAGUUGGCGUGCAAGCCGGUGACCGUGUCCUCUUGCCCGAAUUCGGUGGCACUAAAGUGGAGUUGGAAGACAAAAAGGAGUACAUUCUCUUCCGCGAAUCCGAUAUUCUUGCUAAAUUGGAAUAGAAUUUUCGAAUUAUGCUAUCUAUAAUUGAAUGAACGUUUUCAUAAUGUGAAUAGUGUAUGACCUCUUGUAUGAGAUAAGAGGUUCAUUAAAUUUGUUUCUUAGUUUGUAAAUUCCAUUUACUAUUGAUGUAGACUAGUUUACAAAAAUAUUCGCAUAUUGUUAUUGCGGCUAUGUAAACGUGUUGUGUGGUUUGAAAGAAAAUAAAACGGUUUUACGCUUUGUUUCUGGAAA